AUGCCCCUCCUCGAAAUCGAACAAAAAUUCUCCUUCACCCUCGCCAACGCCGCCAUCUUAUCCCGCAAAGGCGGCUUCCCUCCUUUCAAAACCCUCGGCGACUUCCGUUCGCAGACAUUCCGCGACACGUAUUACGACUCGCAAAACAAGCUCUCAAACGCCGGGCUCUGGCUCCGCAAGCGCCACCUCCACGCGGACCCUGCUCACCCACACACACCGUCACCCGGGGACGCUCCGGAAUGGGAAGCCAAGCAGAGCAUGCAGGGCGGCUCCUUCCUCCGUUCCACGUUCUCCGAAACCCGGGACCGGAGCCGGAUACUCGAGCUCGUGCGCUUGCAUUUCCCGGAUCAGAUUUCCGGUUUCCGGGACGAUUUCGGGCUGGAUGCGAUUGCCGGGUUCGAGACGCGGAGGCUCACGCUUUUGGCCGAUGAGAAGUUCACGGUCGUGCUCGAUGUGACCGAUUUCGGACACGUGGUCGGGGAGGUGGAGCUGAUGGCUGAAGAUGCGGGGGAGGCUCAUGCGGAUAUCGAUGCUUUCUUUGAGGAGUAUGCUUGGUUCUUCGACACGUCGAACCCGAAGGGGAAAUUGACGGCGUACUUCGAAAAGUUCGGGUAUCCGAAGUGA